AUGUUACUGUUAUCAUCUGUUCUAUCUGUCGCCUAUAUUAUUGGAUGUUUUGCCGAUGAACAACGUGAGCUCGUUUAUGUUCAAGCAAUUUGGCGUCACGGUGAUCGAGCGCCUAAUAAAUUGCCGUAUCCGAAUGAUAUGAACACAGAAGAAGCAUGGCCUCGCGGAUGGUCACAACUUACAAACGUUAGUUUUCUGCACCAUAGUUACUUUUAAAC